UGUGAGCAAGAGAAGGGGGGGCUCCAAAGUCGGGGUCCCCAAGAAGCGCCUUUUACGCACCAACAAGCUUUCUUUCCUUGCCCUGUUCGCUUUUACGCACCAAGAGUUGCCUUGCUUUGCGCGCCCCCCAAAAAGGGGGAAGAUUUAAUUGAUUCCCCACUUUUUGGGGGGUCAAUAAUCCCCGAAACCCCUCCUUUCAAAUAGGGAGGGAGGGGGGGGGGAAGGGGUCACCAAGGAAAGUUGGGGAGGGUCCCCAAAAACGCAGAAGAGGAUCAGUUUUGCUGGACUGGAUUGUCUCCAAAGCGAUGUUCCAAACCUUGUACAACUGCUUCUGGUGGGAGCGGCUCUGGCUGCCGGCCAACCUGACCUGGAGCGACCUCCGGGACCACCAGGGCCAGGUCUUUGCCAAGGCCUCCGACCUCUACUUCACCCUCCCCUUGGCCUUCCUCUUCCUCGGCGUCCGGCGCCUCUUCGAGACAUACGUGGCCACUCCAUUAGCCAGACUUUUGAAUGUCAAGGAGAAAGUCCGGUUAAAAGCAACGCCGAAUCCCAUCUUAGAAAAACAUUACAUUUCUUCCUGCAAGCAUCCCAAACAGGCGGACAUCGAGGCCCUUUCGAAGAAAAGCGGAUGCUCCGCCCGGCAGGUCGAGCGCUGGUUCCGGCGCCGGCGCAACCAGGACCGGCCCAGUUUGCUGAAGAAAUUCCGGGAAGCCAGUUGGCGAUUCACCUUUUACCUUAUUGCUUUCAUUGCUGGCAUGGUUGUUAUAGCAGAUAAACCUUGGUUUUAUGACCUCCGGAAAGUUUGGGAAGGCUAUCCUAUCCAGACCAUGUUGCCAUCCCAGUACUGGUAUUACAUGAUUGAGUUGUCCUUUUACUGGUCGCUCUUGUUCAGCAUUGCCUCCGACGUGAAGCGCAAGGACUUCAAGGAGCAAGUCAUCCACCACGUGGCCACCAUCAUCUUGAUCAGUUUUUCCUGGUGCACGAACUACAUCCGGGCUGGGACCCUCGUCAUGGCUUUGCAUGACUCUUCGGACUACCUGCUGGAGUCAGCAAAGAUGUUCAAUUACGCCGGUUGGAAGAACACUUGCAACAACAUUUUCAUUGUCUUCGCGAUGGUCUUCAUCUUCACUCGGCUCAUCAUUCUUCCUUUCUGGAUCCUUCAUUGCACGAUCGUCUACCCGCUGGACCACUACCCGCCUUUCUUCGGCUACUAUUUCUUCAACCUCAUGAUGCUGAUCCUCCAGUCCCUCCACAUCUUUUGGGCGUUUCUCAUUAUCCGCAUGGCCCAGAAGUUCAUAACUGGAAAGGUGGUGGAGGAUGAGCGCAGUGACCGGGACGAGACGGACAACUCCGACGAGGAAGACGAGAAGCCCGUCGCCGCUGCCGGUUCAGCCACCAAAAACGGCCCGCUGACCAACGGCCACCCCGUCUUGAACAAUAACCACCGGAAAGUUGAAUGAUGAUCCUUGGCGUUCGUUUCUAUUCCUUGGGGAGGCGGCGGGGAGUUUUCUUCCCCGGUGCCGACUCUCCCGCCGUCUGCCGCGCGAUGCACAAGCGGAGACUGCGUUGUUUUUGUUUUGUUUUUGAGGCCAAAACCAAAAAAAGAGAAAAUACCCCCAUGAACUUUCUACGAGAACAUUUCCGAAUUUCCUUCUCAAGUCUCGAAUUGCUCGAGCCGUCAUCUUCGAGGUGGAUUCAGAAAAAAGGGGCGAAUGCCUUAUGGGACAAUUGUACGCGAUGGAACAUAACUCCACCAUAAGGCCUUUCCUCUGACCUUGAGACCCGGUUUCCUCCUCCUCCUCCUUUCUGCCGGACUUUUUGCCUUGUUCCCUUCCCUCCCUCCCUUCCCUUUCUUCCUGACCAAAUUGCCUUAAAACUAACGUCGAAUUGACGCCUGUCUUUCCUCUUCUGCUCACCAAAUUAAGAUCUAAGAAGCCGUAGGGCGGGAGAAGGUAUAAACAGUCAUUAUUGAUACGCUUUCGGGAAAAGAAGGCUCUUUGGCGAGUCCGCCUUUUCAAGCCGAAGUCCCCCUUCCUGUGCCAAAAGGUUUUUGAAUCAAAAGUGUAUCAGAGAGCCGAGUUUCCGCUCUCGAUCUUCCCUCAGUGCCAGGAAUUUUGCAAAACAUACUUAUAGAUAUAUAUCACAAGGAAAGCCUUGCAACUUGGGUCCAAUUUCCACAUUUCUUGGAGAUGUUUCUUGGGGACCGGAGACGUUCGUAUUCGGGGAUCGGAGACGCUCGUGUUCGGGAAUCGGAGACGCUCGUGUUCGGGGAUCGGAGACGUUCGUGUUCGGGAAUCGGAGACGCUCGUGUUCGGGAAUCGGAGACGCUCGUGUUCGGGAAUCGGAGACGCUCGUGUUCGGGAAUCGGAGACGUUCGUGUUCGGGAUUCGGAGACGUUCGUGUUCGGGAAUCGGAGACGUUCGUGUUCGGGAAUCGGAGACGUUCGUGUUCGGGAAUCGGAGACGCUCGUGUUCGGGAAUCGGAGACGUUCGUGUUCGGGAAUCGGAGACGUUCGUGUUCGGGAAUCGGAGACGCUCGUGUUCGGGAAUCGGAGACGUUCGUGUUCGGGAAUCGGAGACGCUCGUGUUCGGGAAUCGGAGACGCUCGUGUUUGGGAAUCGGAGACGUUCGUGUUCGGGAAUCAUUCGUAUUCAGGAAUUGGAGACGUAACCGGAUCCUCCCGUUUCCAUCUCUUUGCUCCGGAUCCUUCGAACGGUGCCAGUUUUGGGAAAAUGCAAAGACAAGACUUUGGAAACCCCCCGGCAAGGAGGAAGAAAAAGCCAUAGUCGGUGCCGCUCGAAAGCCGCCAAAUCCUCAAGCGGAGGAGGCCGAGUUAUUCGUAGCUGCUGCACCAAAUCGGUUACCUUUCUCUCUUUUCCUGCACAACAAAAAAGAGCACCUGGGUAAUUUUAUUCAAACUAUCGAUGCCUUGAUCCCAUAGGAUUAUCAUACAAAGUAUUUCACAAAGCGACGGGUUGAUGAAGUGUUUGAGAAAGGGUUUGAAGGUGGGCACAAAGCCGUGGAACUGGAGACUGUUUGGUUAUGUCUUUGAACCUUUUCACAAGAUAAUAGCGUUCAGAAAAAAGCCAGGUACAACUCUAAAGGAUAUACAUACAUACAUACAUGUUUAUGUCAAAGUUGGUGGCUUCAUUAAACAAAGGUCAAGGUUGCCAUUGGUGGCAGCAAAACACUUCUACUUUUCGGCACAAUUUCCUAUAUUUCAUGGCCAAAAUCACUAGAUUGCUGUGUUUUUUGGGCUGUAUGGCCCAAUUGCAGAAGCAUUCUCUCCUGACAUUUUGCCCACACCUACGGCAGGCAUCCUCAGAGGUUGUGAGGUUUUCCAAAGUUUCACAACCUCUGAGGAUGCCUGGCGUAGAUGUGGGUGAAAUGGUGGAGAGAAUGCUUCUGGAACGUGGCCAUACCGCCCAAAAAACUCACAGCAAUCCAGUGAUUUCGGCACCAUUUCCGUUCUGUUUUGAGCUUCUUCACCAGAUCCUACUAUUCCUAUAUUUUGGAAUAUAUAUUUUUCCUCCUCUUCCACCUUCCUCUUACAUUUAAACCACCCCUUUUCCCAUCUUAUUAACUCCAAAACACUCAGUUUUCUGUGUAUCACUUGGUUUUUCUCACUCUUUGGGGAACAAAGAACAAUUUUCGGUAUUUCUCCCUCUCCUUUUAAUUUAUUAGAUAGCAUUUUUGAGGACCAUGAUGAUGAUGAUGAUUAUUUUUUUGCAAAACCAAUAAAAACUAGAGGUCCAGACAGAACAGCUGUGGAAUUGUAUAGAAAAAAAAAUUGACUCUCAAUCGAAGGAUCCAAUGGCAUUUUUGUGUGUGUUUUUGUCUGUUUCCGGCCCUGGGAAAGAGCGGGAGGGAAGGGUUUUAAAGGGGAAGAAGAAAGGACCAUUCGACGAUCUCCAGACCAAAAGGUGUUUUUUUAAGAAGAGAAAAUUUAAAUAUAUUAUUAAAAGCCUAAAUAAAACUAAUAAAACUUCUGUUUAAAAAAAA